CAGGCACCGAGUGUGGUGCAAGGGUUUCGGAGGGCUAGUGACGAUCCGGCGUCCUGCAUGGGGCGUCCUUGCGUGGCGUCGUCAGAGUCGUUCAGGCUCGGGUUUGGGUCUUGGGCCAGUUGGCAAUUGUAGGUGAGAUCGAACGGGGGUGUGGUGUUUUGUGGUGUCUCGGGGGUGCACAUAGCAGAAUAUGAUGGUAUACAAUCGUUGAUGGACUACAUAUACUCCUAUGCUGGACAGCCAUGCUUCUGUGAAUCUAUAUACUUUCGACUAUUCGACUACGCCAACUCGACCAGAACCCAGCGUCGUCUGACUCCUCACGAACAUCCUCCACAUCCCUUGCAGCGUCCGUGCGCUGGACAAACUCAUGACGGGGACGCCGAUCGCUUGCUGGGACUUUGGGAAUUGAGGCUUGGCUUGGCUAUCCCCAGCUUCGAACCCUGGAGAUAAGUCAUUGACUCGUUCACUCGUUCCACUCGUUGCCAGUGCCCAGGCUGUCUUUUCCCAGCUCUCCCCUCGCGUGGUUCCAGGCACGGUUUUUUUUUUGCUUCUGUUCUGCAUCUGCAGGUAGAAAGCAUAACUCUGGCAUUUCAUUUCUUUCUUUUCCCCAUAUACCCAUUCCGGUUAAUCGGUCCAUCUGGUCAACGGAGUUCACAUAUUUCUUAUAUUAGUAUACUUUCGUCCCCCCUCUCGCUCUCUCGUCAUCCCCUCUCUUUGUUCGAUCCCUCCCACUUGGGCCUCGAGUCCUGCGGUCUUCUUUGUUGACGUCGUCGACUCCAACUCGAUUCUUUGUCUGCCAACUUCGUCACUUGACACUCUUCGCUCUCUUCAACCUUCACCACCGCAUUUUGCAUCCUGCAUCCUGCAUUCCAGAACUCUUCUUAUUCUUCCAUCUCCUCAUUUUUGAGUCGCAUCUACCAACAUCCCGACACUACCACCACCCGGACUCUCCAUCUCGAUGCUCUCUCCCAACUAUCCCCACGCUCGUUCCCCGCCGCCAGUUCGACCCUCGCGGUCGCUAGAAGGCCUCGAGCGAGUCAUUCCACCAACGCUCAUGUCUCCAUACCCCACCACCUCCGCCAUCACCAUGGGUUAUUCCUCCAGCAUGCUCUACAAGCCUCAUUACUCACCCACCCGCUCCGACCUCUUCCUCAACAAGCCACUCCCCGCAAGACCCCUCGCGGACGCCCCGCCCGACGUCCCCGAGUACUCCGCCAUGUGGAGCGACUCGAGCGACGACGAGAGCGAUAGCGACAGCGAACUCACCGUCGACGGCUCCACGGUCGGUGAUCCCAGUGAACCUCGCAACUCGACGGAGAGCUUCCCCAUCUUCGUCAGCUCGGGCUCCGAUGAUUAUGGCGAUUUGGUCGAUCACCCGGCCCCCGCAGACCCAGAACGUAUUAGUUUGGGUCUGGCUCCGCUCCGCUCUUCAUCUCCACCGACCAUCGCCGUGGAAAGUCAUGCGCGCACGGACUCGGUCGAGUCCCUGGUUGAAUCAGUCAAUGCGAGUAGUGAGCCGGAGAGUGAGUACGAAUUGGCCCAUAAUCCCACCACCAAGAGGUCUGAUGCCCAGUACGGUCGGCUGUCCCAGUGGUCGCAAAAUCGUACCGGUACCAACCACUAUUUCCGCGAGAAAAAGUGGGAUUUCUUCCCAGAGUUGGCAACCCCAUCCGCUGCGCAGGCGGCUGGGGGAAGGACGAGUCCGGCGUUGGCUUCGCGCAGUGGGGAAUCGCGCAAGAAGGAUGGCCGUUUGAACGUGUCUAGUAAAAGUCGACGGUGGCACUCGCUGGAUCGCCCUGGGUUGGGCUUGGCGUCCGGUGUGCGCCAUUCGAUCAAGACGUACGUUCACCGUACCUUGUCCCGCGACUCGACCGAUGCCAAAGCCAGGGAGGCACCGCGGCCGUCAACUGCCCCGGUCGAGCAGCUGGAGGCAGACAUGGCCUUCCACCGUCCAGCAGAUAUCACGGUCGCCCCUCACUCCGAUAUCAAUGUUCAACUUCGCACCCUCUCCAUGUCGACUGCCUCCACGGCUAGCGAAAUGCCCCCCAGUCCAGCUAGCCCACGCAGUGCCCGCUCCUUUCAGCCGCGUCCAAAACAACUCGCCGUGCCCAUGUCUAACUAUCAAAAGUACGGACCUGCGAUCUGGGAAUCUCCCAAGAAGGCCAAGAAGAAGGCUUCACGGAACCAGAUGUAUUUCGGGACACGUUCUACCCCAACUUCGCCGACCUCGGGGCAAUUCUCAAUUGCGAAUCCCACACCACCACUCUCCCCGCCAUUGAAGCUUCAAUUGCAGAAUGGAUCCCGGGAGGCGCUUCGUGUCAUCCAGGGCGGCAGCAGUCAGGUUCUCGUGAAGCUGGAUGGGGCGAAGAAGAAAAUGUCAGAGUCGAAAGAUGAGCGACGGCGAGAACAAUUGAAGGCCCAGAUCAAAUUGAUCGGGCCGGUGAAUCCGCAUACCUAUAUGCAAUCCAACCCUUGGGUUUGAUUACUCCUUUGUUAGUGUUGGUGUUUGGCAUUUGGCUACCCUUUUGUGUUGUUUAUUCGACGUUGCAAUCCUUUUAUGGCUUUGGAUUACACCUUUUAUGAUUUUGAUGACCGCUCAUUUGGAGUCUUUAUUUCCUUGGUUUGGAUCUACCGCACAUUCUGCGUUUGUUUUUUUUCUUACUCUAGCAUUGCGAUAUUUGGUCUAUUGGAGCAUUCUUUUGGGUUCCUUGGGUGGAUUGGACAUGGUAUGGGCAUUUCUGAUUAGCAUCUUUUUUUAUGGGCGUUUGAUUAGCCACUUGAACUGUGGGCAUUGGUCUACCGGCUUUACUUGGAUUGCAUUGGUCCUAUCCAGACAUACUUCUCUUAUGUCUUGUUUUUAUUACUCUUUCGAGUCUGCUAUCUGCUGCUUUCAGAUAUUCAGCAAGAAUCGACACAAUCUCUUCCUCCUUCACCAAGUAUACUGUAAAGAACUCAACCUCAAAGAGGCCUCCUUGCCCGGCGUCCUCGCACAGAUGCAUAGACACACACUCGACGUGCAUCAACUC